UUAGAAUGUGUAAUAUAUAAAUAAUAAUAGUGAAUAAUUGCGUAGAAAUAUUCACUAUCACUAGCCAGUGAAUGCUUAGACUACUUUUAUUCAGCAGAUCUUUAGUUUGGCGUGAGCCGGGUACAAAUCACACCCUCCGGCAAUCGACAUUUUAUUCUUGUACGAACGACUCUUCCUGAACUGGAAAGUAUGUACUCUCUCUCGAGGUCAGAAGCCCAGAGAUAUUAUUAGACAAAUUAUUAAAAAGAAUGAUAAGAUCAUUCAGUAACUACAGAGAAAGGUAUCACGACGUCUGCAAUAUUAGAGAGGAGCAUCGAAAGAUUGAGUAGUGGGAAGUAACAGGGAGAAGUGGGUUCUGAAGUCCGAUCGCUCUUUAGUUCUUUCACGUCGCUUCUCACGACGUCUUUCUGCCCAAUACCGAUCGCUCUAAUAUGUUAUUUGGAGCCAGGUAACGAGCUACGAUCAACUGAAUCGGUGGAAUUUUUAACUGCCAUUCAAAAAUAUUUUACAUCAUCAACAUGAGAAUCUUUCACUGGGCUAUUAUUGUGGCGGUUGUCUUGGCGGCGUCUGCUGCUGAAGAAAAAAAUCGUGGAAAACGUCAAUAUUUUUCAAGAAGAGUAGCUCGACCACCACCAUAUGCAGUUCAAAUGGAACCAAUUGUCCAGUAUUCACAGAGAGAUCCGCUUUAUAAUCCUCUAGCGAGUGCUAAAAGUGAUCAUGAUUUUUAUCAAGAUGAUAGCGUUAAUAAUUAUUACGGAAAUUCCGAGCCAGAACCAAUUAUUGAAAUUAUCAUCAAGGAAUCAAAUGAAUCUUUGCCGACUCUUCCUACACCCACGACUCAGGCGCCAACGAAAUCAACGAAAGAACCUAUUCAAGUGUUUUAUGUUAAAUAUGAGAAAAAAGAUCAAGGGAAUGGGAAAUCUCGUGUUGUGUAUGAUAAACCAAUACCUGCUCUAUCACCUCAUGAAGAACAUGAAGAGAUAAAACCUGAAAAUUCUAUAACUAGUGUAGAUAAAGAACCGGAUGCUUUAGUGACACCAGCACCAACUGAGCCGACCACCACUCUUCGGGCAAUAAUUCGCCCCGACAGUGAGACUUAUCAUGCACCAGGUGGAAGUGGAAUAAAAGUUACUUUCGGUUCUGAGAAACUUCCUCCCAAUAACCACAAGAAACGAAGCGAUCGAGAGCAUCCAACGUCACAUCCAUCAUUUUUAAAUUCCUUUUCACCGGCUUCGUCUUCAGUGCCUAAAAAACAACAUGGGUCUCCAUUCUCAUUACCACCGAAUCAUCAUCGUCCACUAGUCUUCCCUCAACAACGAAUUGUCAAUUCAUUUUCAUCUCAACAACAGCAACAACAUCUAUCACACCAACAACAAUUGCCACCACAACCAAAUUAUUCCACUUUACCACAAUUCCAAUCACCAUCACCUGUCCUUAAUGGACCGAGACCUCAACGUCUACCAAUUACCAUACAAGGAUUACCAGAGAUUCAUCAACGUCUACAAUUCCAAUCGUUUCCACCUCAUAGAAUUAGCAUUAAUCAUCCUCAGCAGCCUGGUUUCCCACCUGCCAUUUCUGUCUCACAUCAAAGUGUUCAUGUACAAAACCAACCACCAACAUUAAAUCCAAGUAAUUUUGAACGUGAUCCAGUCCAUUCUCAUCAACAAAUUCAACAACAAUCACAGCAUCACCAUCAUCAUCAUCAACAACAGCAACAACAAUUAUUCAAACAGCAACAAGAGAGUGAUAAGCAAAAAUAUCAUGAACAAAAAAGGCAACAAGAUCUUAUCAAACAGCGAGAACAACAGAGACAAGCUGAAAUUCAACGACAGGAGCAGCAGAGACAGGUUGAAUAUCAGAGACAACAAGAGCAACAGAGACAACAAGAACAACAGAGACAACAAGAACAACAAAGACAGCAAGAACAACAGAGGCAACAAGAACAGCAGAGACAGCAAGAACAACAGAGGCAACAAGAACAGCAGAGACAACAAGAACAACAGAGACAAGCUGAAUUUCAACGACAAGAACAACUCUAUCAAGAAAGGCAAAGAUAUGAGCAAUUAGAGAAGCAGAAAUUGAAACAACAGCAAAAAAAUCGACAGGAACAACAGCAGCAGCAACAUUUUAAUCAACAAAUUGAUUUUGCAAAUCAACAGUCUGGAUUUUUAUUACCAAGUGGAAUUCAACAGCACAAUAAACAUCAAUCUUUCUAUGAACAACAGCAGAAACCUGCUGAAAUUUUACCAUCAGUGCCUAAAUUAGAACAGCAUUAUGCUAUUCGAGAGAAUCCUCUUCAUCCAGGACCAUUUCCACCUAGUCCGAAAUUCACUCCUCUUCAGUACCCACAAAAUAAUUACUCAACACGACAACAAUCUGGCAUUUCACAUCAAAGACAGAAUUCAGUAAGCAGUUCGGAAAAUUUCUCUAAACCAAGUCCAUCACCAGCUGAAUUAUCUACACCUAAAUAUCAAGAUUCUCAACUCAAUACACAAUUCUUUGGUCAACAUCUUCCAAUUCCUCAACAGUUUUCCAGUUUAUCACAAGCUCAGUCAAUUUGGGGUCAAUAUAAACCAACAGAUAAUAAGCAAAAAAUUUUUGCUACUCCUGUACCGAAAGGUGAGACAGUAAAUGUAUCCUCGACACCUAGAUAUGUGCCGAGUACAACUCAAACUCCACCAACGACCACAGUUGCACCUACAACACCAAGAAACGAAGAAAAGAUAAAAGAAAAUAUUGCCAAUUUACCAGAUGAAGUACCAGAUGAUAUUAGAGAGCAAUUGCUAAGCUCUGGAAUCUUGGGAAAUGCGGAUAUUCAAGUUCUUGAUUACGACAAGCUUGGAGAUACUCCAAUAGAAAAUUUACCACCUGAAGCACUGGCUAACUUUUAUGGUGCCGGUGGUGGUGCUGUGGCUGCAAGUGCACCAGUACCAGCGGUAGCAAAGAAACCAAAGAUCAACAGAGAUUCUAAAAAGACAACAGCUACUAAAGUUGAACAAGCUACGCUAAAGCCCGGAGGUGUAGAAAUGAAAGUAGUACACUUCGACCCGAAUACGGCACAAGGCCAAGCCAUUGCUGAUCAGCAUAUACGGGAAGAUGCUACGCAUUUGAAACCGGUCACUGUAGGUGCUGAAGAUGAUAGUCAAUACAAUCGGUAUCUUCCACUUAAAGUAAGUGGUACCUCUUUCCCAAUCCCUGAUGUACCGGAAUUAAAAGAUCGAAAAAUUUCAAGUGUGGUGGUGCUUGCCCCCGUUGAUUAUAACUUCCGGGAAGAUGACCAGUCACGUAAUUCUAAAAAAUAUGGAGAAGUAAUGCCAAUACGAUUCUUAACGAGAGAAUCGUUGAAACGAGUCUUGAAAAAUCCUAGUGAAGAAAAUUUUAAAAAGUGGUUAGAACAAGAAAGUCAAACUGAACCACAAAAACAGUCUGUCAUUUUAUUUGACACAACGUCGAAAAAUCAAAAGAAUGGAGAGAAAGAAAUUUAUAUGUACGAUGUGAGUUCUCAAACAGUCACCAAACUAUCUGGAGAUUUAUCAUCUGCAUUUGUCGACGCUGCAGAAAGUAAUUCUGAAACUUCUGAUUCUAUCGACGAUUCGUCCUUCACACCCUAAACACAUCAUAUCUUAUUGAUUAUUGAGUAAGGAUACAAGAUAUGAAUUAAAAGUCAAUGUCAUGAUGCUAUUCGAAUGAAAACGCUUCAUAUUGGUAUUCAGAUAAAUGCAAAAUAUGUUUAAUUAGUAUAAAAUUAUUUUAUUUUUUUACGUAUUUAAUCAGAAGGUCGUUUAAUUAUGAUAUUUUCAGCCACAUUGGCUUGUUUCCCGUUUGAUUGAUAAUUUGAGUCAACGGACACCUAGUAGGGAUGAUUUUUAACGAAUAGAAAAUCGUCAGCUGAUUGCGAAUAGACUUUCUGUGAACAACUGGCGCAGACUCU